AUGACACACAAUGUGUUUGUUUAUGGUACUUUAAAGCGAAAUGAACCAAAUCACCACUGGUUGUCCAAUUCCAAAAAUGGAGUUAGUAAGUUUAUUGCUGUUGGAAAAACUGACAAAAAAUAUCCAUUAAUCAUAGCAACUAAAUAUAAUAUCCCAUUUAUAUUACAUAAACCUGGAUUGGGACAUCAUGUUGAAGGAGAAAUAUAUGAAGUGGAUAACAAAAUGCUUGGCAAUUUGGAUAUACUAGAAGAUCACCCAAACUAUUAUAUAAGAGAGAUAGAUAAUAUAGAAAUUAAGAAAGAUGAUGUGGAUAAUACAGAAACAAUGAAAUGCUGGAUUUACUUCUUAAAGAGUUUUAAAGAAGAACUUCUGACUAAGCCAAUGUUAGAAAAUUACUCUUCCGCGGGAAGUCAUGGACUGCCAUACCUUGAAAGUAAUAACGAGUCUACAUUAGACGACCUAGAUGAGCAUGUGGUCUGUUAA